UUGCAGGCACACAACAAAAAACACAAAGAAGCAGUAUGCGUUCAGCUCGCCACCUCCACGACGCGGUCUCGGCCCUCCUCCUCUUCCUGCUGCUCUCAGCCGUGGUUCCGGCGGCCAGAGCCCAGCAAGAAACUGACGAUGAGUCGGAGUUCAGCUACGUCUGCGGGGCGGAGAAUGGGCCGGAGAACUGGGGAAAGAUCAAGGAAGAGUGGGCGACGUGCGGCACUGGGCUGAUGCAGUCGCCCAUCGACCUCUCAGACCGCCUUGCCUCGCAGGCGCCCCACCUCGGCUACCUCAACCACUCCUACCGUCCCGCCGAGGCCUCCAUGGUCAACCGCGGCCAUGACAUCACGGUGAUGUUCCAUGGUGACGCCGGGAGCAUGUGGAUCAACGGUACCGCGUAUCACCUCAGGCAGCUGCACUGGCACACCCCCAGCGAGCACCGCGUAAACGGCCGCCGGUACAACAUGGAGCUCCACAUGGUUCACCUUAGCGCCGAGAACAAGGCUGCCGUGAUCGGCCUCCUCUACAAGAUUGGCAGGCCCAACCAUUUCCUGCAUGAGCUGGAGUCUUACUUGGAGAGGAUGGCCAACACGAAUGAGAAGGAGGAGAAUGUCGGCGUGGUUGAUCCUUGGGUCGCGAGGGGCCAUGGCGAAGCCUAUUACCGAUACAUGGGCUCCCUCACCACGCCGGGGUGCGACGAGGGUGUCAUCUGGACAGUCAUCAAGAGGGUUGCCACCGUGUCGAGUGAGCAGCUGAAGCUUCUCACGGACGCCGUCCAUGAUGGCUUUGAUAUAAAUGCGAGACCCCUUCAGAAGGUGAACUACAGAGAUAUAAAUUUUUUCUGCCCUGAUGAUCACCAUGAACGUUAUUACGCAGCCGCUGAUCAUUAAUGAGCUGAAGACUUCAGCCAGCCACAGGGAUAGACAGUAUGCGUGUUAAUUUGUUGGCAACGACGAAGAAAAGCGAUGCCUGGGGAAAAUUUGCAACGACGAUGACUCUGCACCAAGCGGGGAUGUUUGUUCAUUCCAUAAUAAAUUUGAAGUCAAGGACAUGUUCUUGGUGUUGUUUUCAAUACCUGGAUAACAAGACUCCAAUCUUUGUAGACCAACUUAUUUGUGUUUUCUUUCUUUAUAUUUCAAUAAAAAGCGCAUCUCGGCGACUUACUUCUUCAAUC